AUGUUCGCGCACUGGGAGGCUUUCUAUUACAUAUUCAUCCUUCUGACUCAGAUGAGGUCCUGCUGCAGCUGGUCAGUGAAUAAUUUCUUGAUGACUGGACCCAAGGCGUACCUAAUCUACUCAAGUAGUGUGGCAGCCGGGGCUCAAAGUGGAAUCGAGGAGUGCAAGUACCAGUUUGCAUGGGACCGCUGGAACUGUCCUGAGAGAGGCCUGCAGCUGUCCACACACAGCAGCCUGCGCAGUGCAAAUCGAGAGGCCGCUUUCGUCCAUGCCAUCAGCUCGGCUGGGGUUAUGUACACCUUAACCAGGAACUGCAGUCUGGGAGACUUUGACAACUGUGGCUGUGAUGACAGCAGAAACGGACAACGAGGAGGUCACGGUUGGCUCUGGGGAGGCUGCAGCGAUAACGUUGGCUUCGGUGAGGCCAUCUCCAAACAGUUUGUUGAUGCCUUGGAGACUGGGCAGGAUGCUCGGGCAGCCAUGAAUCUCCAUAAUAAUGAAGCUGGACGCAAGGCCGUGAAGGGGACCAUGCAGAGAACAUGCAAGUGCCACGGGGUGUCCGGGAGCUGCACCACUCAGACCUGCUGGCUGCAGCUGCCAGAGUUCAGGGAGGUGGGGAACUACCUGAAGGAGAAGUACCACAGAGCUCUGAAAGUAGAUCUCCUGCGAGGGGCCGGGAACAGCGCGGCCAGCCGCGGAGCCAUCGCCGAGACGUUCAGCUCCAUCUCCCGCAAAGAGCUGGUCCACCUGGAGGACUCCCCCGAUUACUGCCUGGAAAACCGCACCCUGGGCUUGCCGGGCAUGGAGGGCCGCGAGUGCCUGAAGAAGGGCAAGAACUUGACCAAGUGGGAGAAACGCAGCUGCAAGAGGCUGUGUGGAGAGUGCGGACUGGCCGUGGAGGAGCGCAAAGCGGAGAUGGUGUCAAGCUGCAACUGUAAAUUCCACUGGUGCUGUGCAGUGAAAUGUGAGCAGUGCAGGAAGACUGUGACCAAGUACUUUUGCGUGAAGAAAGGAGGACAGAGGGGAAGGAAUGAGAGCGCCGCCAGCCGUCGGAAGAACCUCCGACUGAGAAAGAAGCACUGAAUGUUAUCGUUGCUUUUCCGCAGAUGUUUAUCUGACUUGUACCACACUUCUUACCAAUAUCCAGAGCCUAAAGGUUAAGUGACAGAAAUCAUUCAGACCAUGUUCGGCCACUCCUUUGUGAAGAACAGGGAUGAUGACUAAGUCACAUGAAACAGGAGAUGAGAGGGGUUAC